CCGUCCGUCUGUAACUAAUAAUGUCAACAAUUUCUGUCUGUUUGUCUGUAUGUAUUUUGUGUUUGGUUUUCACCUUCGUUUGUGCUAUAGUGGUAUGCCUGUAAGUUGAGUGUUGAGUCGCAUAAUUUGUCGUCAUUAUUAAUGCUUAAUCAGUAAUUACCGCAAGUCAGCAUAUGCAUAAUUAAUUACAGGCAAAAAAAUAAAAAAUAAAAAAAAUGUGUAAUCAAUUUUCACUUGUGUGCCAAUAUUUAUGCCUAUUCCUGUUUUUUUCCUGAAGAAAAAAAUAUUUAAUUUAUACGUUAUAUUUUACGCUUUUAUGUGUUUAUUCCGCGCUUCUUGCUAUGACUCUUGUGCGUAUUUCGCAUAUUUUUGCAAAUUAAAUGCUGUGUUUACUAUUUUAAAGCGGUCAUUGUCUCUUGGCUGAUUGCGAAAAAAUUUUUUUUUUCCAAAAAAAUAACCUAAAAACUGUCUAGCUGUCACUUUAAUUGCUGUCACAGGUUCCCCGAAAAAUGCAUUUAAGCUUAAACGUCUCAAUAUUCUUCGAAGUACAGUUUAAACUUUUAAAGCGUGCAGUCGAUAUUUAGUUUCUCAAUACCAAAAAGUUAUCGAUAUCCAGUACCCUUGCAUAAAUCUAUCGAAAUAAAUCAUGAAAUUCCUACUCUGUGCACCGCUACUGUUAGCUGUCACCGCAACGCUCGCUUACGUCACUGAGAAAGUGCCAAUCGAAGAUGGCGUACUUGUGCUCACCUCAGCUAAUUUCAAGCAAGUCAUCGAGGAAAAUGAUUUCGUUUUAGUCGAUUUUUACGCGCCCUGGUGCGGUGCCUCGAUCGCGCUGACACCCGAAUAUGCCAAAGCCGCACAGUUAUUGGCGCAGAGCCGUUCACCCAUCAAGUUGGCCAAGGUGGAUGUAACUGUCUCGCCCGAUUUGGAUGACCAUUACCAAUUGCGUCAAUAUCCAACUUUGAAGUAUUUUCGUAGCGGUGUUCCUUUCGAAUAUAAUGGCGGUUAUCAGGCAGCUGAGAUUGCGGCGUGGCUUAAUGUGAUUCAUUGAAGAAAUAUAUAAAAAUUUUAGUUAUUUUUUUAGUUUUUAAUAUUUUUCAUUAUAUUUUUUCAAUAAAAUUAUUUUUAAAUAAUA